CGUCAUUUCUUCUCUUCUGUUUUCGAAACCGUGAGGGUUCUGGUCAUUAUCCAUUACACUUAACAUCGACAAUAAGUUAUUGUCGGAUCCAACAAGUUGAACGAUGAGCAUCAUUCUGUUGUUGAUUACUUUCUCGCUGUUUGCCCCCGGAGAGUUUCGAACAACUCCCCCUACUCAGCUGAUUGAAGUACAAGAAGGUGACAAUGCUACCAUUCAGUGUCAACCCCACCGUGGGAUCAACCUUGAGACAUAUACUUUUGAUGUGAAGCGAGUUGAUGGAAACUCAAGUAAAAGUGAUACAAUCAGUUUCGUCUACUCUCGUCGACAUGGGAAAGACCAUCCUGCUCGACAGAUGGAGCGAUACAGAAACCGGGUGGUUCUCAUCAAUGAAGACCUGAAAAGGGGGGUCGUGACUUUAGUGAUCCUCUCAGUCCAGCCGGCUGACAGUGGAUUGUACAAAUGCUACAUCCCGAAGUUGAACUUUACCUCAUUCUCUACCAUUGUCGACAAACGGAACAGGACCAAGGAGACUGAUUUUAGCACGACAACUUCCGUAGAGGAGAUGACGGAUGAGAGUGAGACAGGUGCUGCAACAAAGGAGCAUCAACGUCAUCAUGUCAUAAUCAUCGCUGUAACCAUCUCCGCAUCCUGUCUUGUUGUUGUUGUAUUCGUGGUCCUCUUCAAAAAGGGAAAUUGUAUGAGCAAAAAGAAGAGUGAAGGAAACACCUUUGAACUGGGACCCCUGCGUGACCCAGCAUAAGGAGGAGAUGAAGAGGGGCAGCUCAAGAAACCUUCAGCAGGUGGUGUUGGUGGACUGGCAGGAUAACCUUCAUCAUCAAAACAAAAGAACCCUGUUUGAUUCCCACUAUUUAUGCCAUGUUUCCAUUAGUACCUCCUCAGCGUGGGUCAACACGACUUGGCACGACUCGCCACGGUCUUGUUUCCAUUAUAUUUGAGUACCACCUCAGUGUGGGUGGAGUCGAUAUAGCAUUUCAGGCAGUAGUCUCUUGAUGUAAAACACAAAACAACAAUGGAUGCCAAUCAGUGGCAUGCUGUUCUUCCAAGUCACAUUUUCGGAUCACUCGGAACCCCGGCUGAGUGGGUACUAAAAAUGGAAAUGCCUACAAACCAUGCCGUUUGUCACAUCUCACUCUUCUGAUCUAUUCUGUAAAGUUUGUUUAAAAAAAAAAAAAUCCACUCACCAAAAUAUACAGACCUGUUUCCAAAGAUCAAGUCAGCCUUGCUCAGAUACAGUUGAAUAUUUGCUAACACAACACUCUAUCGCACUUUGUAGCUACUUUCUUUAAAGCUUUAUCCAAUUUUUACAUUAUCAAAAUUGGACUAGUUCUUAUAUAGCACUUUUCUACUCACUACUCACCCAUUCACACAUGCAUUUACUUCUACAGCUGAGUGCUUACUAUCAUACACACAUUCAUACUCUGGCGGUUGCAUCAGGAGCAUUAUUAUUUUGUCCAAGGGUACUUUUGCAUGCAUUCUUUGGCACCCACCUUCUGAUUGGUAGAUGUCCUGCUCCACCUUCUGUAUUGCACGAUGCUGUGAAUUUUUCGAUUCUCUCCAUUAUUAACAUUGUUGUAACAGGAAACCUUUUUAUGACUUGGAAAACAUUGAAACUGGCUCGAGCAGGCACACCUUCAUGCAGAAAGACUGACAGGGUAUUACCACACACACACACACACACACACACACACACACACACACACACACACCCUGGUGAGUGGGUGGCCCACUUUCAACUUUGUGAAUGUGAUAACUCAAAUGAUAACACAGGUGAUGCAAUCAAUUGUAACAAUACAAACAGCAUAAUGGGACAGAACCCCCCCCC